GUCAUUCCUGGUUCAUUUGCAUCCUUGAAGAGCAUCUGUAGAAGAGGAAGGAAAAGAUGGGUGUGAAAACAUUUACUCAUAGCUCUUCUUCCCACAGUCAGGAAAUGCUUGGAAAGCUAAACAUGCUGCGAAAUGAUGGACAUUUCUGUGACAUCACUAUUCGUGUCCAGGACAAAAUCUUCCGGGCACAUAAGGUGGUACUGGCAGCUUGCAGUGAUUUUUUUCGCACUAAACUUGUAGGCCAAGCAGAGGAUGAGGACAAGAAUGUGUUGGAUUUACAUCAUGUUACAGUGACUGGUUUUAUCCCCCUUCUAGAAUAUGCUUACACAGCCACUCUGUCAAUUAACACAGAAAAUAUCAUCGAUGUGCUGGCUGCAGCCAGCUAUAUGCAAAUGUUCAGUGUUGCUAGCACCUGCUCAGAGUUCAUGAAAUCAAGCAUUUUAUGGAAUACACCCAACAGCCAACCGGAAAAGGGUCUCGAUGCUGGACAAGAAAAUAACUCUAAUUGCAAUUUCACUUCUCGAGAUGGAAGCCUUUCACCCGUGUCGUCAGAGUGCAGCGUGGUAGAAAGAACCAUUCCCGUCUGCAGAGAAUCCCGGAGAAAGCGCAAAAGCUACAUCGUUAUGUCUCCCGAAAGUCCUGUCAAGUGUAGCACACAGACAAGCUCCCCCCAGAUACUGAAUUCAUCAGCUUCCUACCCAGAAAAUAGAAGUCAACCAGUUGACUCUUCUCUAGCUUUUCCCUGGACUUUUCCUUUUGGAAUUGAUCGAAGGAUUCAGCCUGACAAGGUGAAGCAGGCAGAAAACACCCGGACGUUAGAACUGCCUGGCCCAUCUGAGACUGACAGAAGAAUGGCUGAUUUUGUGACUUGUGAGAGCACAAAAACGACCUUGCCUCUGGGUACCGAAGAAGAUGUCCGGGUGAAAGUAGAAAGGUUAAGUGAUGAGGAGGUGCAUGAGGAAGUACCCCAGCCCGUCAGUGCAUCUCAGAGUUCACUGAGUGACCAGCAGACAGUGCCAGGAAGUGAACAAGUCCAAGAGGACCUUCUGAUUAGUCCACAGUCUUCCUCAAUAGGCUCGGUAGAUGAAGGUGUCACCGAAGGGUUACCUACGCUUCAAAGCACUUCCAGCACCAAUGCUCACGCAGAUGACGAUGAUCGAUUGGAAAAUGUUCAGUAUCCCUACCAACUCUACAUUGCUCCUUCUACCAGCAGUACAGAACGGCCCAGCCCAAAUGGUCCAGACAGACCUUUUCAAUGUCCAACUUGUGGGGUGCGAUUCACCCGAAUUCAGAACCUAAAACAGCACAUGCUCAUCCACUCAGGAAUUAAACCAUUUCAGUGUGACCGCUGUGGAAAAAAGUUCACCAGGGCUUACUCGCUAAAGAUGCAUCGCCUAAAGCAUGAAGGUAAACGCUGUUUCCGGUGCCAGAUAUGUGGUGCCACUUUCACUUCCUUCGGGGAAUAUAAGCAUCACAUGAGGGUUUCCCGGCACAUUAUCCGCAAGCCUCGGAUUUACGAGUGCAAAACAUGUGGCGCCAUGUUCACCAACUCUGGAAAUUUAAUCGUGCACCUGAGGAGUCUGAACCAUGAAGCGUCAGAGCUAGCAAACUACUUCCAGAGCAGUGAUUUCCUAGUACCGGACUACUUAAACCACGAGCAAGAAGAGGCCCUUGUUCAGUAUGACCUUGGAGAACACAGUUUUGAAAGCAGCUCCUCUGUUCAGAUGCCUGUGAUUUCACAGGUCUCCUCGACCCAGAACUGCGAAAGCACUUUUCCCCUGGGGUCUCUCGCCGGGCUGGCAGAAAAGGAGGAAGAAGUGACAGAGCAGCCCAAGACCAGUGCUUGUGCCGAGGCCACUGGAGAGGACCCCCCCAAAUCAGAGCUGUCUUCUAUAACUAUUGAGUAAUUUCAUGGUUUGGCUUCAUUUUGGUUUUUUGGAAGUGCCUGUGCUUGGUCUUGUACAUUUAAAUUUAAUUUAAUUUUUUAAAAAAGGUUUUGGGGAAGAAUUUUCCUUUUUACUUUGUGAACUCUGCAAUUCACGACUGGGAGACUGCUUCUGUAAGUACACAAUAACAUGGUGUCGGAAUAUAAUACAUUGUUGACUGUAAGGAGAACCAAUUGACUUAAAACAUGUAGUCGUUUCUCCUUGCAUUGCUGUAGUAGACUAACAACAGAUCAUUAGGUAACGAACCGGGUGAAUGUUGACCUUCCCGAGAUGAAAGGGCACACCAGAAACAUACUAAAGGAAUGUGACAGAUGGCCUGGAUAGAUGUUUACCCCUGUACACCGGAUGUUGUACAGUAUUUUGUAAAGCCUUUUGCUUCUGGAAGUAUUUAUGGUAAGCUAGCUUAAAAAUUAUUAGGGUAAAUACUCUUUUUUUUUUUCACUUUAGAGAGAAA